AUUUACCUAUUGAGAAGACCUUGCUUCGUUCUUGGACCACAAACAAGCACUCAUAUCCAUGGAGUUUGACCUUGAAAAUCCUCUACACAACUCUCAUGCUCUUCCUCAAUGGGAUGCUGUUGCUUCACUAUUCCACAUUGAAUCUCAACACACUCCAUCUCACACUUACUUUCACUCUCUCAAAGCUUCAAACUUUAACAUCUCUGUUAGAAGGGAACUCAUUUCUCUAAUCUCCAAGUUUUCUUGCAGUUUGGAUCCACUUGUCUCUUACCUUUCUAUCAACUAUCUAGACCGGUUCUUGUCCAACCAUGGGAUACUGAAACAAAAGGCAUGGGCCCUUAGGCUGCUUGCAAUUUCUUGCAUAUCUUUAGCAUCCAAGAUGAUAAAGCCAGGGUACUCUGCCAUUGAUACUCAGGCCCUUCUCAUCAAUGAUGGUGGCAUCAUUUUUGAGACACAAACAAUGCAAAGAAUGGAAGGACUCAUCUUGGGAGCAUUGGAAUGGAGAAUGCGGUCCAUUACCCCUUUCUCCUUCUUAACUUUCUUCAUUACUUUAAUAUGUGUCAAAGACCCAAUGGAACAGGUUCUCAAGAAAAGAGUGGCUGAAAUUAUAUUCAAGUCACAAGGAGAGAUAAAGCUUUUGGAAUUCAAGCCAUCUAUAAUGGCCGCAUCAGCACUUCUUUGUGCUUCUCAUGAACUCUUUCCUUUUCAAUACCAAAGCUUCUCAGCAGCAAUAUCCAAUUGUUUAUAUGUAAAUAAAGAAAACAUGGUGAAAUGCUAUAAUGUGAUACAAGAAGUGGUAGGAAUGGAGAUGGAAGAAGAGGAGUGUGUGAUCAAUGAAGUUUCAAGUUCAGGAACACCAGUGAAUGUGUUAGACUUGGACCAUAAGUUUUCACUAAGCUCAGAAAGUGAGAAAACCAAUAAUAAUGGAGGAAUGGCCAUAGUAGUAGAUGAUGAUGAUGAUGAAGAAGCCUUGCAAGAGAAGAAGGAUUUCAUCAUCAACAAGAGAAGGAAGAUGAAUAAUAACAACAACAAUCAAACGGUCCAUGUUUCUCGGAUUGCACAAUGCUGAUGAUGAAGAAGAAAGUACUGUUCACAGAGGAUAACAUUUAAUUAAAACCUCUUUGGUCCAACCGAAAGCGACUAUGUCAU